AAUAAAAAUUAAUAAAAAUAUUAAAAAAAUAUAAGAAAAACCUAUGAAGAGUCCUACAUUUACUUGUAUUCUUUGUAAAAUUACAUUUCAAUCAUCAGAUAUUCAAAGAGUACAUUAUAGAUCAGAAUGGCAUCUUUACAAUUUAAAGAGAAAGAUAGCAGGAUUUCCAUCAGUUUCAGCACAUUGUUUUUCUCAGAAAAUGGUUUCAGAGACAUGGAAUGAAAAAAAAGAAGAAAAAGAAAGGGUUAAUGGGAAGAAAAAAAAAAAGAAAGAGAAUGGUUUUAAUGAUAAGAAUGAUUUUAAUGAAAAAAAAGGAUUUAAUGAGGAAAACGAUUCAUAUAUUUUAAAUAAAUCAAAAGAAGCGAUUGAAGAGGAUAAAAAACUUUAUAUGAAUGGAUUAGAAUUAAAAAAAUCAGAGGAGAAUAUGAUAGAUGUAUAUAAUCUAUCUUAUUUAGAUUCAAUAUUAAAUGAAAAAAAGGAAUUAAGUGAAUCAGAAGAAGAAAAAUUAAUAAAAGAACAUAUCGCGAAGAGGAUUAAAUUAAAAAUAACAGAUUGUCUUUUUUGUACUUUUAAGUUUUCUACAUUAAAUGAAAAUGUAGAACAUAUGAAAAAAUCACAUUCAUUAUUUAUACCAGAACAAGAAUAUCUUAUUGAUUUAGAAGGAUUAAUAGAAUAUCUUGGAGAAAAAAUUUCUAUUGGAAAUGUUUGUUUAUCAUGCAAAAAAGUUGGAAAAAGUUUAGAAAGUAUUCGUCAACAUAUGUUUUCGAAAGGGCAUUAUUCUAUUGCUUAUGAUACAGAGGAAGAAAGACUUGAAUUAUCAGAUUAUUAUGAUUAUUCUUCAUAUUCUUUAAAAGAUAAUGAUGCAGAUUGGGAAGAUAUAUCAUCUGAUCAGGAUAAUGAUGAUAUUUUAUCUAUUUAUUCAGAUAAUGAUAAUGAUGUUAUCAUAGAAAAUGAUUAUGAACUUAUUCUUCCCUCAAAAAUAAGACUAGGUCAUCGUUCUUUAAUUAGAUAUUAUCAACAAACUCUUCGUUCUCGAAAUUUUCAACGACAAUCAGGAGAUAGAAAUCCAAGCGGUUUAGUACGACAAGAAUAUGUUCAAAGAUCACUUCAGGGCAUUGAUCAAUCAAAAAGAAAAUUCUCUCAAAAACAUAUACGAACUUAUCAAGAUGUCUUUCAAAAAGAAAAUUAUAAAACCGCAAUUGGUCUAAAAAGUAAUCAUCAGAAAUAUUUUCGUAACGAAUUGCUUCAAUAAACCAUACUUCAUUUCACACCUUCUUAUCUCUCUAUAUAUUAUAUAA